AUGACUGAAGAUGUCUCACCUGAUCAUCUUCGAUUGUUUCCACUUCAUGAUAAUGCGAUCGCACGUACAGUCAAAAGCGAUAACGAAUAUCGUCUGACGAGCACAACAUUUACGUGUGAAGUAGUCUGUAAGCUAUGUGAAUUUCAAUUGUACGUCAGAUUUACUGCCCCAUUUAUGACUGUGUCAACAUCGAUAGCUUAUUUGACAACUUGA